GAAUCGAGUGUUGACCUGUCAAAAUAGACAUCCCGAUUUCCAUCUUAUUUUGAUUUUGACAGCUUUGAUACAACAAUUUGCGCGCGCAGAAAUGAAAUUGUACGAGAUCAAUAGAACGAAGAGACGAGAAAAUCUAGAUUUAGGUCUCAUCUCUUUCUCCCAGGCAGUAUCUGUGUAGGAUUUUAGCUCUAUCCGGGGCUAUAUUGAUGUUAUCGAUUGGGGUCCCGGCCGUUUUAGUACGUGAGAGCGACGGACAUUCAAAUGCAGGGCAGCUUCAGGAUACAGUUGAUAAAUAUGGGUACUCGUGCCGCUGCAUUCACGGCGAAGAUCCGGAGUCUGUACGACUUCCAGCUGCGGCUGAUGCACAACAUCCCUCCUCUGCCCUCCGGCAUCGACAUCGCCAACACCGUGAAGUACUUCUCACAGACGCUACUUAGCGUUCUCAAAGAUGUCCCACGCUCGCCUCUCGAGAUGAUCCGUGACGCGGACAGCGACGCCGAGCGCAUGGCUCUGUACCCUAACUUGGACUACAAGGGGCUGUUCAAUGCUAUCUCACAAUUGGUCGACUCUGCUCCACACAUACAGUAUGGUAUCCAGGCAUUUGGGCAAGCAGUUCUGCAAUGCCUGGGCUGCCUGCUGCCGUUUCUGGAGUACGACAUGAUCGACAACUUGCCCUACAUGGUGGCGUACUGUGUGGCCGUGUUCCCCGCCUGCCUUCACCAGGAGAUACUGCAUCUAUUGUGCUAUUACAUAUUGCCAUUCACUAUCACGCGUAGAUAUUCCGGUAUGGAGGAGGAGAGCCAGGCGUCUCAGUCAGUCGGCGCGAUCAUUAUGAUGGUGUUCCAGCACUCCAAUAAUCCAGCGCACCACUGCCAGCUGCUGGAAUGCCUGAUGUCGAUGAAGCAGCAGACGGUGCGCGACGUGCUGUGUGUGGUGGCGCACGGUACGUGGGGAGCGCGUUUAUCUGCCGCCAAGCUACUCUUCUAUUACUGGCCACCCUUCGACGCUAACCUCUUCGAUCGAAAGGGCCUGCUCUGCAAGUUCUCCAAUGACCUGGUGCCGUUCCUGUGCCAGCGCGACAUGUGUCCCAACGCAGGCAGUGCGGAGGCAGCCAAGGUGUGCUACGACCACUGCAUCAGUGUCACCUUCGCCUCUGACACACCGCCGCCGCUUUACCUCUGCAUUGAAUGUGCUAACGAGAUACACAGAGAACAUCCUAACCAACGGUUCUUUGACAUCCUUCAUCCUCAGCAGCAGGUAUCCAUGGUCUGCGAGAAUAAGAACUGCCGCUCGACGGACAAAUCUGCAUACUCCAUCUGCUUCUCCAACGAGUGUGCCAGUUACAAUGGCAACCAUCCUAUCAGAUACUGCCAGCAGUGUCACGGCAACCGACACAACAGCCGGCGCGGCGGCGACCACGUGACGCACGCGCGUCUGCCGCCCGCCUGGCACAUGGACUCCGACAUGCAGACCAACCUCGUCGAGGCCAUCAUCAGCCUGCUAAAGGAAGCGAAGCCGAUCAACAUGGAGGAUCCCGACAGCGGCAGCGAGCAGCUGGGGCCGCCGCUGUGCGUGCAGCUACCGGAUCCUAUAUCCGUGGAAGACCGACAGCUGCUAGGCAGAUACGGUGUGUGGCUGAUGGUGGGGCUAUGCACGCCCAAUCCCGACACGCCGGAGGAGAUCCUAGGCAGGCUUCUAUCAGUGCUGUUCCACUGGUUUCAUGUCACCUCCUUCUCCUAUACCGGUGAGAUAGCGAACACAGUGGAGAAGUUGAAACUGGAGCACGUGUGCGGGUGGGUGCGGCUGGUGGCGGAGAGUCACGCGCGCGUGUUGCUGCACUGCCUGCUGCCGCACCCGCCGCCACACGCGCGACACGCCGGACACUGGGACACGCUCGCCUCCAAGACUCAGCACCUCAAGGAGGGGCUCAACAGACUAUAUUGCUUGAUUCCAUAUGGCAUCAUCACCCAGUCCAUCUGGGAUUCCAUAAUGCCAGCUUGGAUGGAAGCUAUCUGUACAGAUGUACCGGAAAAAGAGCUGAUGGAACUAAAGGUUCCCGUGGGUAAGAUCCUGGAGGCGGAGGGCGGUAUGGGGUGUCUGGAGGAGCGCAACUUGUACAGCUUUGCGGCUCAGCGCGUGGGCUCGCAGCCGCGCCCGGAGGCCGUGCUGCCCGUCCUCGACUGGUUCCAGACAAUAUCACUCCUAGAAGUGAAAAUACCAUUGUCCCAGCUGUUUGAUCUGUUCAGCCAUUGUGUCAUCAACAUGCCAGAAAACUUGGUCAAAGCUCCUUCAGAAAGCGUCAAGUCAAAAGACACGGAGACGAACGGCUCAUCCGAAGGCACGGACAAGGAGAAGGAGAAAGACAAGGAUAAAGAGGAGGAGAUCAAGCCUCAGAACUUGACGUGCUGCAUCUUGAUGCUGGACAUAUUACUGAAGCAGCUGGAGCUGCAGCAGAGCCGCGUCAACAUCCAGAACGUGAGCAGCGAGGCCACGCGCCUGCUGCGUCUCAUGCUCAAGGCAAAUCAGGCCAACACUAUAGAGCAUGCGCAGUGCCUGGCUGGCGGCGCGUGCUCCUACUGCUCGGCGGCGGCGCUCUGCCAGCAGCUGGGCGUGCGUCUCGUGCGCGCACUCGUGCCCCGCACGCCCAGGCACAACGAGCCAUCGAUAGACGAGACUUGGUGUGAGAGUCAACUGAAGAAGAACCAGUCCGAGGAGGAGAGGAGCAAGUCCGGGGGCACUCCCGCCGCUUCAGUGGACGGUUUGAUGUCCAUAGCGGGCGCACAUGCGCACGCGCACGCUCACGCGCACGUGCUCGGCGACAAGAGCUCUGUGGGCGGAGUGUUGGUGCACAUGCCGCAUUUUGUUCAUUUCAUGCAACUGUCUCUCAUAAGCGACGUCGGUUCGGACGGCACUCUCACUAAGUCGUCAGGUGAAUCGCAAGUAUGUCUCUUUGUCUUACCUUUUCCUCGCUUAUUUCACGUGUUUAUUGAUUUUAUAUGUUGCGUGUAUGUGUCUUUUUAUAUAGCGAUCGAUGUACUUCAUUUUAUUAAAUUACGAGGAAUUGGCACAUCGGAAACAGGAGCGAGAGAGAUAUCAAUAACGGAGCUUGUGCGAAUAUCUGUUUCAUAUCGGACGUGUGAAAUGUGUUGUACUGCGCAGAUAAUGACGGCGACAGUGGAGACGAUAACAGAACAACUGGACAUGGCGGCCAGCUUGCCCCCCGCCGAGCGCCCGCCGCUCGCCACCGCGCACACCGUCACCCUCACAGACACUGACGUCGCCACCGCCACCGCUGAUAUAUCAACUCCCAACCUGGUCGGCGAGCACGAGGCGACGGGCGAGUCUGUGGAGGAGGACAUGACCAAUUUCUGGCCCACCUCCGCCGGCAAGUUCCACUUCUGCAUCGACGAGCUGCCGCAGGAGUUGCAGUACAUACAUCAGCUGCUGCAGGAACUAAAGAACACAUCGCGGCCGGACAUCCUGUAUCACCUGCUGCAGUGCCUGCAGGUGCUGGUCCUCAACACUGACGCGCUGGCCGAGCACCGCGGCUUCCUCAUAUGGUGCCAGGAGAACCUGCUCAUUGACAACCUGUGGAACGUGUGCGACGCGUCUCAGUCACACAUCAGCUCGGUGGCGGUGCCCAUCCUGCUGCACUGCGUCACGCUGGCGGGCGGCGCGGACGUGCUCUGCGCGCUCGUGCGGGACAGCUUCCACCAGCCAGACCCCAAGAAACGCUUCACUGCCGUCGAGAGGGUCAUACUCAUCAUUAGGUUCAUGGACGGGUCUCCGGUGCGCAGCAGUCUGCCGCUGCAGACCGCACUGGCAACCGCCUUCUGCUACCUCAUCACCAGCAUGGACGACAUCUGCGUGUACGUGGCCCAGCGCGCCACCCUCUACAUCGGCACCAUACACGACAGCGCCAUCGAGUUGCUGCUGUACUGCCUGGAGACGCAGUUCGACCUGGUGAUAGUGGACCGGCCGACGGUGCUGCAGGCCGUGUACCAGCUGCACAACACGCUCAGCGACCGCCGCAUCCUCACCUGGGACUUCUUCCUUAACCGCUUCGAGACUCUGCUGCUCGAGGCGCAGAUCAAUUCCAACAAGACUCUAGACUUUGCUAAUUUACGAGAGGUGGUGGGGGGCGACACGUCCUCGGAGUGGCUGGUGCACAAGGUGCGGCGCGCGCACGAGGCGCUGAGCGUGUCUGCGCGCGCCGCGCACGUGCACACGCUUAGCGGCUCUCUCGCCGCCAAGUGGCCCUACAAGCGCACCGUCUCCGCGCCCGCCGCUGUGCCGCCGCCGCCGCACGACCCUCGCCUCGAGCGCGAGAAAGUGUACUCGCGCCAGUACUCGGCGCCGCUGCUAAAGCGUAAAACCUCGCGGUUCGGUCUCGGCCAGCUGCUGGCGCCGCAGCCGCUCGCCGCCCGCAACAACAACCUGCACGAGGGUUUCCACACGUUGUCGGGGCGGUCGCCCGACGAGGCGCUGCCGAUCUUUCUGCCAAAAGUGGACAUCGAUGAGACCGACAAAGAGACAACCAACCUACUCGUAUUUCUUCUCAUGCAAUUUUUGUCGAGAUCAGACCAGGCGCAUCCCAGCGAGGACAAGGCGACGCAGCGCACGCAGGACCUCGUGCUGAAGCACCUCUUCCAGCUGCUCGGAUACAACUGCAACGAGAAGUACUUCCACGUGUCCCCGCACGCCAUGAGGAAGUCUUCCAUGUUCAACGCGUUCAUGGCCAACCUGCCGCAGGUGCUGGACCAGAACCAUGUGAUGGGCGGCAGCAUUGCGGAACCCACGUUACUCGUGCUGCAGUACUGCUGCAGCCCGGCGUCGGGCAGCACGGCGGGUGUGGGCGGGGCGGCGGGCGCGGGCGGGGCGGCGGGUGCGGUGGGCGGGGCCGCGCACUCGCACACGCUGGCCGCGCUCGAGCCGCACGUGCGCCGCAACUGGCUGCUCGCGCUCAUCGUCGUGCUCUACAAGUACCACUACAGCGGCGGCGCGCUGUGCGGCCUGGCGGUGGGGCUGGUGCGCGCGGUACUCAACUCCGUGGAGGCGCAGUACCACCAGUGCAAGCGCAUCCCGCCCAUGCUGCUGCUGCCCCACCUGCACCACGCCCCCUCGGCCCCGCCCGCACCGCCCCCGCCCCCCACACACCACACGCCCCCCCAGCCCGCGCACCCCGCACACCCCGCACACUCCGCGCAGACACCACGCAACGCUAGAGAUGCCAGCCAGCCGUCCCUGAAGAUGGACGAGGGCAACGCCAGCCACAAGUCGCCCUCUCACUGGUCCGACCCGCCCGAAUCCGCCAAGUACCAGCAGUGGAGCGUGGAGCAGGAGUCCUCGGAGAGCGAGCUGAUCGCCAUCCCCGAGACCAGCGACAAGUCCGACACCACCGUGCACGGCAGCACCGCGCCGGGGUCAUUCGACGAGCCGUCGCACUGCGAGGAUCCGCCGCGCAUUGACGUGCAGCCCCUCUGUGUACAUCCCUCCCACUCCAAGCCGCCGACGAGCGGGACGCGAUCGGGACACCAUCUCUCCACCAGCUCCUCUGUCUCCAUCGGCAGUGAUUCUUCCAACUUAAAAUCUACGCCGAUGAGCGGCCAGUCUGUGGAGGUGUGGCCCGACCAGUACGGGCAGACCUCGCCGCGCGCCAACGUGCUCGGCAAGCAGAAGAAAAUCCUUGCGGGCAGCAGCACGUCUCCGGACACUGCGCCGUCCUCUAACGGGGACGCGCUCGGCCCCGCCCCGCACCAUCAUCAUCUGCGCAGCCCAGGUCUCGCGUACGCGUCGCCCGAGUCCCCGCUGUCAAAGAUGGAGGUGGCGUGGCACGCCCCGCCCCAUCCCCGCCCUCCUCACACACACCAGCCCUUCCACAUCCCGCCGCAGGAGAGAUUACUGCCGAUCGGUCCGAAACCUAAUAAGGAACAGUAUCCCGUGUUUAAUGCACUCGUGGACCGAGUGCGCGAGGCGCUCAGCUUGCCUCAGGAUGACUCAACGGACAGAACGGACUCGAGCCGGUCCGAGGUUGAGCCCACACCCACGCCCACGCCCACCGGCCGACCGCAGGACUUGACCAAGAAGCUGUCCUCCGAUAGCACCAGUCGGUCGCCGCGCCGGCUGGCCCGCCAGGUCGCUCAGCUGGGCUCGCCGCCGCACGCGCCCGCGCCCCAGCACCCGGCUCAGUCCCACCUCCAGCACCAGAACCAGCCCCACCACACGCCGCGUUCCUCCGCCCGCCCCCACUCCACCGAGAGCGGUCGUCCAGCGAGCGCGUGGUGGGGCGACGAGAGCCGCGCGGGGAGGCGCGCCGCACACGCCGCACCGCGCGCCCCGCCCCCAGCACGCACCCCCGUGCACCGCCCCGACGCCACGCUCUGCUACCGCUGUGCGGAGUGCGGCAGCGCAGUGGAGCAGUACAGCGACGAGGAGCUGGGGCUGUGCAUCAUCGCGCUGGGCACCUUCAUCCACCGCGAGCCCGCCUCCGCCGCGCCCAUGCUGCCAGCGCUGCUCUACUGCAUCAGCAGCGUGGCGCAGCAGGGCAACUACUCGUGGCAGACGGACAGCAACGUGCGGCUGCCGGGCAGCGCCAUGCUGGUCGCGCAGCAGUUCCUGCGCUGCGUGCUGCACCAGCUCGCGCCCAACAACGUCUUCCUGCAGAUCUUCCUGCAGCGCACGCCCGAGAAGCAGCGUAUAACAUUCUUCAAGAGCAUAGCGCAGGCCUUCGUGGACUUCAACGAGCUGUACCCGUGCGGGCCGCUGCAGCUGCUGCUCGAGCACCUCAACUCCAAGAAGUCCCUGCCCAUUGACCAAAUGCCGACGAUAGCGGGCAACAUCGCGAUGUACCUGGAGUGCCUGGCGCCCGAGGCUCUGGGCCCGGCGGCGGCGUGUGGCGCGCUGCUGACUGCGCUGGACCAGCUGCUGCGCGGCGUGGCGCUGCAGCUGGCGCAGCUGGACGACGCGCUCCCGCUGCUGCGAGCCGCCGCCGCCGCCCUCCGCGUGCCCCAGGCCCACCAGCACAAGAGCAUUUUGGAGCCGAUCUCGAAGAUCCUCAGCUACGCGGUGCAGAACUUCGUGGUGCGGCUGCCGCUGGCGUGCGAGGUGGCGGCGGCCUGCGUGCGGGCGUUCGGCCGCGACCGCGACAAGCUGCUGCUGUGCCGCGUCCUCGUCUUCGAGCUGGUGCAGGCGCUGCGCACCAAGACCACCGUGCCGGACGACAACCUCUUCAUGCUCAUACAAUUCGUGCUGCAAGGUCGAGGGUGCACGUUGCUGCUGCCGCCGGCGCUGGGCGGAGCGUGGACCGCGGGCGCAGGAGACGCGCGCGAGCUGGCGGCGGGCGCGGUGGACUGCAUGCGCCCGCACCUGCCCGACCUGCUCGACUUGCUGCACGAUCCACAUCUACUCAACAAAAUCAAGGGUUCGGUGUCGAAGUCUAUCGUGAACCGCAACCUGAUCUGCCUGAACGAGGACACGCUGGGUGCUAUCGUGAAGGGUGGCAUCGCCCAGUACGUGGCCGCCGAGCUGGCGGCGGAGCAGGGGCGGGCGCGGCAGGAGCGCGCGCAGCCUGCCGCCCGGCACCACCUGCCCUGGCUCACCGCCGCGCUGCCUGGAUCUCGCGAGGUGGGGGAGUGCGUGGGGCGCGUGCGUCAGCUGUCGUGGCUGGUGAUGGGCGCGCUGUGCAACGCGCGCUCCGGUCAACCGCUGCAGCAGCCGGUGCCGCAGGACGCCACCUGCCACAUCACAGACCACAUACAGGUUAUUGCGGGGGGUGGUGCAGGGGGCGGUGCGGGGGGUGGCGCGGGGGGUGAGGCGCAGCACACGGCGCACUGCCUGCUGCUGGACUUCUGGUGCAAGCUGCUGCCCAGCGUGCUGCAGCUCUCCGCACACUGCAACAUUCUGGCGGAGACGGUGAACCUGCACUUCCUGAGCCUGCUGGAGUCGCUGCUGGACUGCAACUCCACAGUGCUCAACAGACUACUGCCCAUGUGGACGCCUGUGCUGCACUCGCCUACAUUCGAAAUGCCGCGUCACCUGGCGGAGCGCGUCGCGGCGUGCCAGGAGGCGCGCCCGGACCCGGAACAGCCGCUUGCAGAGUCGUGUGCUGCUUACUGGAGGUCCGAGAUGUUGGAUUAG